AUGCCGGAGAAUGCUUGGGGCCCUCUACAUCACUGGAGGAGUAAGGGAAACUGCAAUGAUGCCAAAAUUGUCAGUGUGAUCAGAUCAAGGGAUGAAAGUGCCACAUUGCAGGAGAACAUCAACAGUGUCAGACUCUGGACCAAGGUCGGGCUCAUGGACCGUAACAAGGAUAACUGUAAACUCAUGAACAGUCGUGUAGGCAAUGGGCCGAUCAACAUGAUGGUGGUCAGUUUUCUCGCUUUUUUAUGGCUUGUUCUGCUCGAAACCUGCAGCUCUCAUAAAGACCACAACCACUUGCCUCAUUAUCGAGUAAAAGAGGAAGAUGCCAAAUCCUUCCUAACUAGGACUGGGAUCAGCAAGAGGAGUACUAGUGCUGAGCUAUGUGUUACCGAUGAAGUUUACUGUGAGACACACUUAUCAGAAUGUAGGCUACAUACCGAGAUAUCACACGAGACAUACUGUAACCCAGACCCCUGUGGGCCGGGUAUGACGUGCUACAUGUCCACCCCCUGUCCGGCACACUUCAGAUCGGCAUGUGACCCAAACCCUUGCUUGGCGAUUCCAUGUAAAAACGGUGCCACAUGUAAAGCGGCGGAUACAUCGUACACAUGCUCGUGUACACAUGGAUACUAUGGAGAUACCUGUUUAUUCGAUCACCCAUGUGGCACCGCUCCUUGUACAAACGGUGGUACAUGUAAUAAGAUGGGGUCGGACUUCAACUGCUCUUGUACGGAUCGAUACACCGGAACCAAUUGCACCAAAGACUGUAGACCCGGACCAGCUGAUAUAGUUAUCAUAAUGGAUGCAUCUAUAAGUACCCAAGACGUGUUUAACGCUUCCAAAGAGUUUGCUGCAUCAUUUGUGGAAGGCUUGUCAAUAGACUCUGGUGAAUUCCGAAUCGCACUGCUUACGUAUUCAACUGAUGUCCAUCAGGAAUUUGGGUUUAACACCCAUACGAACAAGGCAUCUGUGUUGGCUGGUAUAGACAACAUCUCCGGUCGAUUUGGAGCGUCCUAUCUAAAUAAGGCUCUGGCGAACGGCAGGCAGAUGCUACUGUCCGAAUCAUCUAACAGAGUUAAACAGUAUGUCCUUGUGAUAUCAGACGGUCUCUCCACUCGUCGACAGGAAGCCAUAUGGCAAUCUCAACUCUUAAAGAGAAGUGGCGUUACGGUUUUGUGUGUGGGUAUAGGAAGACAGGUAGCCCAGGAGGAACUGCUUCAGAUAGCUACAGAGACUCCAGUUACGUACGUCUUCUCGUCUACUAACAAAGACGUACUCAACACAGUUCUGAUGGAGACAGCGGAUAUCGACUGUACAGACUGUGUUAUCAACAAGGUCUCCGACAUCGUUCUGUUAGUAGACGUAUCCAAAUACCAGGCUGGUCAGCUACAGAGGCAACUGGACAUGGUCAAAUUCUUCAUACAGCAGGUCCGAGCCUAUAUCUCCGACACUAGGAUAGCAAUGAUCACGUUUGACGUUCGUCAACAUGUGGAAUUUAACCUAACUGGUUAUCAAGAUACGGACAGUAUACUAGUCAGCAGUCAGAUAGGGAUUACUACGUCCGACCGGAAGUCCAACGUAAGUGGCGCCCUCUCGUUUGUCCGAGAGUCGGUAUUAUCUGAGGCGAGAGAGGGCGGACGGAAGUUUGUUGUGGUAUUCUCUAAUGAAGGUUGGACAGACGCGAAUGCUAUCAUUCGUGAAAGACAGUCCCUGACUAUAGAUAAUGUUACUGUGGCGUUUGUUCCUGUUGGAAGUCCGACUGACCUUGACAUUGUGUAUUCAGUGGCAGACCAAGCCAGUGACGUAUUCUAUGUCGGGGAGUACGAGGAUAAUCAUGACGAGGAGAGGCUUAAGGCUCUGGUAGCACGGACGUCCCACGUAGAAUGUACAUCUGAUAUUUUUGUUACACGACAAUGAUGACUACUGAAAAUAUCUUAUAUAACCAUGGUAUUGUGUGUGUUUGGGGUCGGAUUUCCACGAUCGAUUCAACAAUUUUUCAUGUUCUCUUUUCUAAUAAAAUGUUUGUGUAC